UCUGUCUCUGUCCCUUUCCUAGCAGCCUGGCUCCUGGGAGCGGAAGUGUGUGAGAGAAGGGAACAGGAACCGGAAGUGGCGUCACGAGGAGGCUUCGAAGAAGCCUUCCAUUGGCAACAGCAAGGCAUCUCUUCGCAACGUGGGGCCGAGAUGGCGGACCCAGCGGCCAGGAAGCGCCCGGCUGAAGGGGGCGGAGGGGAGGAUAGAGGGCCGGAGCAGCGCAGAGCCGGACAGAGGCGGCUGCUGGUGGUCCUGGAGGGGGCCUCGCUGGAGACCGUCAAGGUUGGGAAGACAUAUGAACUGUUGAACUGUGACAAGCAUAAAUCAUUGCUUCUGCGAAGUGGCCGGGACCCUGGAACGGUUCGACCGGACAUUGCACACCAGAGCCUCCUGAUGCUCAUGGACAGUCCUUUGAACAGAGCUGGUCUUCUCCAGGUUUAUAUACACACAGAAAAGAAUGUUCUGAUCGAAGUUAACCCCCAGACAAGAAUCCCUCGUACUUUUGAUCGCUUCUGUGGCCUGAUGGUUCAGUUGUUACAUAAAUUCAGUGUCAGAGCUGCAGAUGGACCACAGAAAUUAUUAAAGGUAAUUAAGAAUCCAGUGACAGAUCAUCUUCCUGUGGGAUGUACAAAGAUUGGCACAUCCUUUUCAGUUCCUACUGUGACAGAUAUGCGCGAUCUAGUGCCAACUGCAGACCCCAUAGCUAUUGUUGUGGGAGCUUUUGCCCACGGCUCGGUAAGGGUUGUGGAUAACAAUGCAUUGCAAAGUAGAGAUCAAGUAUCCUGCAGUGGCAGGAUGCUACAAAUGCUAUACAAUUAUAGGACAAUAAUGCUGUGUAUUUUAGGCAUAUUCUAAGUACUGUGCUAAUAUUACACAAAGCAGUACUGUUAGGGCAUGGGAAACUGCCUGAUACCAAACUAGACCAUUAGUCUAUCUACAUCUGCUUGCUCUGCAGUGACUGGCAGUGGUUCCACGGUUGUUUACAAUUAUGGCAACCUUAUCAUGGGGUUUUCUUCAUAGAAAUUGUUGAAAGGGGAUUUGCCUGAGGCUAUAGGAGCGGGGAUUACCCAGUCACCCUAUAGGCUUCCUUGGCUGAGCGGGGAUUCAGAACCUAGUCUCCCAGUGUCCUAGUUCAACAAUCCAACCAUUAUACCACAGUCGCUCCUCUUAGUUCUACAGUAGGGGCGAGCAAAGUGCAUCCUGGGGCCAAAUGUGGCUCCCAGAGCUGUUUUUGCAGCCCUUGAGCCACUAAACCAGCUAUUUUCUGGCCAAAAAGGGUUCAACUAUCCCUCUUACAAAGAAAGCAUGUUUUCAAUUGGUUUUCAAUAAACAAAUUUAUAUUUGUUUAAUAUAAAACAAAACAAAACCUGUUUUUUAAAACUAGAAACUGACUUGACCACUUCCAAUCUUGAUGCAUUUUAGCAAUUUCUAUGGCUGAUGGGAAUCCCAGAGUGAAUAAUUGACCCUGGACUCACUACACCCUGUUCUAUAGGGAAUAAAGGUCUAUUGAUGAUAAUUGCACUGCACUGGGCCCUUGGCAUCUGCUGGGGUUUGGUUUCAGGAGCCCCCGUGGAUACCAAAAUCCAUGGAUGUUCAAGUUCCAUUAAAUAUAGUGACAGUCAAAUGGUGCUGCUUAUACAAAAUGGCAAAAUCAAAGUUUUCUUUUUGGAAUUUAUAUCUUUAAAAUAUUUUCAUGAACAUUUGAAAAAGUGGCUAUGGAGGGUUGGCUGUAUAUUGAAGCUAAUUAUUUUUCUUUUGCAGGUUAAUGUUGACUACACUGAGAAAAUGAUUUCAAUCAGCAAUUAUCCACUGUCUGCUGCUUUGACUUGUGCCAAGAUUACCACAGCUUUUGAAGAAGUGUGGGGGGUAGUGUGAGGUUGCCAAUAUUGAUUUCAUUUGGUUGGACUUGAUCUGCUGACAUCAUGUUCUAAGGUGGCGUCUACACAUUGCAUUCCUUGUUUGGGGGAAUUAUAAGAACCUUAAUGUUCCUUUGUUCUUUUUUGUAGCAAAUAAACUUUUUUCUAAUGAAAUUCGGUGUGUCUCUACCUCUAAGGGUACAUAGCCAGGCUGGCAGUUUUUUGCUCGCUGAACCUGGCUAAAAUUUCAACAGUCCAUUUGAAACUGAAUCUCCGUUCUCAAUAGGAUAGUAAAGACAUGUUUGGAAUAAUUUGAACAGUGGCAUAGUUCUCCCUUACUUUCCCAGACUAAAUAGCUCAGGAGUGCGAAUUGUUAAAAUGGACGCUUUAGCUGAAGUAUUCAUUAACAGUAGGACUGUUACUUUUUCUAACCCAUUUAUAGCAGGAAAGUUUUACUGUCAUAUCUUUGCCUUUGUCUGCUGACUUAAAAUACAUCACAGUAUACCUUAGAUUCAUGGAACAGAGGGAAUCAUCUGCUCUCCUGAGUACAUCCUUCAUACUCUUGCUGGCAAGCAAUCCUGGUUAGUUUUUUUUUUCUUGAUCAAGAGUGAGAAUGAGGUAGUGUCUUCAAGGCUAUCCCAUCUCUACCGCACACAAG